AUGUAUCACUUUGUCUCAGAACAAACAGCGGAACUGCGCCUCUCCGAAAAUGUUCUCAUUUCCAGCCAUACGACACAGUACCUGAAGUGCUUUCAACUGGAAGCUGUGCGUUUUCUCUAUGAACGGCUGUCCAAACAAGAAUUUUGCAUAUUUAACGAUGAGAGUGGCUUGGGAAAAAGUGCGUCAGUUGUGGCACUGCUAAAUGGCCUGGGACUAUCCAAAAAGACAUUAAUUGUGUUGCAGAACGAUGAUCAGUUGCUGGCUGGCUGGCAGUUUCACUUGGGCGUCCUAUCCGAACUGCCCGUGUGCGUUAUAAAGGACUUCAAUGACAGUACGGAUUCGGCGCAUAGCGUUUAUCUAAGCAAAUGGAGCGUUUUACGCAGCAUUGGCGAUCUCAGCAAGCUGAACUUUGACUACAUCAUUGUUGAUCAUCGCGGCUAUACAUUAAAUAACAACUUUUGCACUUCCAUGCUUCUCAAGCAAUUCGAACGCAAAGUGAACAUUGUGAUCUCUAGUGUGGACAUAACGUCUGACGUAAAGUUGCUGUACAAUGUGAUGAGCUUGGGUGGAUGCCUGGAACAUCAGCACAAAAGCUUCCGCAGUUUUGAGCGCAAAUUUCAUCUGCCCGCUGUCAAGGAGGUGCUAAGCAAACGUGUCGAUCUUGAGGAUUACUACAAACAGCGGGGUGUUCUUGGCGAAUACAUCAAAGACUUUCGCCUGCGACGUUAUCGCCAUCAGUUCGAUUCAUAUCUACCUCUUGUCACACCUGAACAAUACAAGAGGAACUUAACGCUUUGGCUGGGACAAAAUAAUAGCAAUAGUAUAUUAAGUGGAUCAACUAUAGAUUCGGCUUCCACAGGAGGCACCAAUGAAAUUUUCGAGUGUCUGAUGAGCAUGAAACGGGAUAGACAAUUGGCACCGAGUCAGGAUCCAGAGAAACUAUCGCUGUCUGGGCACAGUGAUGAAGUGGUAGCAAUGGAGCCUUUGGUUUUCGAAAUGUCCGAAUCGGAGCCCGAGGUGGUAGUGACAGACGUGUCGAGUGCACAUGCCGAGGCGACAAACUCUAAUGUGGUGUUGCUCUCCAGCGAUGAUUGUGAGAUAGUCACCCUGCCAAUCACUUCAACAAAUUCGGCUCUAAACGAAACAAAUUCACAAACGGGCAAAACUAAGCGAAAAUUUACAAAACGUGCACAGACUGCAAAGCCAGCUGAGCUUACUGAUUCAGAGUCAGAGGAGCAGCCCCCGUCCCCGAAAAAAACGGGGAAAAAACUAAACGUUAGGCUAAGUCGUGUUUGCUUGCCUCAAAAGGAUCAAAACGUAACAACAGCUACUAACUCGCACAAAGCAACAGAACAGGCGGCAAUACCUGAGCAAGAAGCAUCUAAAAAGCCGCCCGAACAGAUGAUACCAUUACAAAUCAAGUUGCUGCGUGCCAAACCUGAUAACAAGGCAAAGCUUGACCCACCUGUUCAACCAACGCCUGAGCCGCAGACGCCUAAACAGGAUAAACCUAAAGCCUUGCCAAUCACGCCCAAGACCGAGCCCAGGUCUAAACGCUCGGAUGUAAAUAUUUCAAGUGGGGUGGAACUUAGAGAGACACGUGGAAUGCAAAGAAUGACGCGUUCCGCGGAUGCGCGGCCGUACAGCAAAUACAUGGGGCACAUGAGGGCAUUGGACUACGAUAAGAAGGGCACGCCCAAAAGGAAACGCAACUCUGAUACAAAUCAAACGCCCACAACUAGCAAGCGCAAAAAAGAGGAAGCAGUGGUAAAGCAAGAGGUCACAGUCACGCCCAAAAAGUCAAAGACAACACCAACUAAAGAAAAACCGAAAACUAAAAAGAGAGGGCGACCGCCGAAGAGGAAACUGUCCAAAGAGCCGACAUCUUUACCUAGCAAUAAAAGGAGGGAAAAGAUCAGUCAAGUAACCGUGAAGUCUGCGCCAGCUGCCACACCAGAGCUACUAAGCUCCGGUUCCCUGCAGUCCGAUAAUUCGUAUUUGCAAUGCGCACAAAAACUGCCGGAGAACCUCGCAGAACUCGGAUCCUUGGAGCUGCCCCAAUUUCGAGUACCGCACGUGCCGCCGGCAACUCCACUCAUGUUGCCCAUUACCUUAAAUUUGUUUAGUGACUCGGAGGUGGCCAUCGUACCUAGUCCCCAACAAAAGUCAGAUGUAGUUGUCAUCAACAGCUCGCAUGACGAGAGCUCACAGCCCUCUGCUAAACAAUCACAAAGCCGACGCACUCGAGCAUUGAAGAGAAAGCGACCAGUUCCUUCCAAGGCGCAACAGUCGCAGCCCACCACCUCCAGUUUUGGCAUGUUGCUAGCACAACAGCGCGGAGCGGUCAAUAAAUCUCCUGACAUCUUUAGCAACUGCUCCGAUUUAUCGCAGCUUACGCUGGCGCAGCCUGUGCCUUCAGUUUCACCGUUUGAGGGCUUCAAGAUAUUUGGCUCGGAAGUAAAGCAGCUUCAGCAGCAGCACGCCAAAACACAAUCGGGCAUGCCGGUCAAAAAGAAGCGCGAACGCUCCUGCCUGGACAUUCUGGAGCAAAUGUUUGAGCCGCAAAAGACUAAGAAUAGCGACCUAGGUGUUCAAUUAUUGCCCAAUUUGCCCAGCCCGAAGCAACAGCUGCCGCAACGCCGCUUCACUUUGCUGGAUGAUGACAUCUUUGAGAUAACUAAUAAUGGCGAAUUCGGCAGUCGGCUGCGUCUCGACUCCAUGGGGAAUGUGUCGCCCGUGCAGCAGCAACAGUCACAGCUGCAGCGCAACAAAAUUACUAACUAUUUGAUAAGCUCCGGCGGCACUCCAGAGGAUGCUGGCCAGCGAACUCAAUCCAGUCAAGUGCUGCGCAAGUCACCCAAAGGCAUCAAGUCCACACAGUCCACGAAGCUGACACGCUGGUUUGCCACCGCAACAGCGGUGUCAGGGGAAUCCCAAAGUGCGCCUAGCACGCCUGUAGUGUCAGCCGACAAAGCGACGCGCGCUCGGAUGGCACGCAGUGGUGGAGCUGGAAAACGCAAGAGACUAGAGCUCGAUAAGUGAGAUGCUCCUAUGUCGAUAUCGUGAUCUAUACAAAAGACUCAAGAGACUCAAGACUAUGCAGUGGGUCGUGUUUAAACAAUUUGCCAAAAUAUUAAUCAAUAUCAAAGCGGUGGAGCAUAAUUUUCUCUUACCAGAUAUCACUGAAACACCUUGUUGAAUGGAAUGUGUAAGAAUCACAAUACUAUUUUUUUUUAUAUAAUUUUUUAAGAUGUAGAACAAUUUUAAGGUCCUCAAGACGAACUAUGGGGACAAUCCAUCUAUUCAUUUAUUACAAAUAUCCUAUUUUAAGGGGUAUACACUGUAUACGCUGUUAAAAUCAAAUUGUGAGGGGCUCUCACGGGCCAAUUAAUUAUGUAUGUGUCAAGUUCCUCAAUGACAAGUUAACAGCGUCCAAUUAGAAAGAAUAUAUUUAAAUAUAUAAUACAGAGGCAAGCAUUGAACAUUUUAAAAGUUCCGACUCUGAGCUGUGAGCUUCAGUGCUAUGCUUGAAUUGUCUAUUUAGUUCACAUGCAUAUGCAGUUAUGUAUUUUUUAAUCAGUUUGUUACAAUUCACAAAGAUUUAGCAACAAUUAAUAGUUAAUUUAGCUAAAUGCAAAUAUUUUUUUUAUAUGCACUCAAUGAAAUUUGAAAGCGUAUGGAUGUGGAAAUACAUGUACGUCAACAGAUUAAAAUGGAAAACGAUUCUUUUGCAUUUUUGUGGCAAGCUGAACUACGUUCUCUUGAAAAUGUGCGUCAGAUUGUGCAUAACGGCGCGGCGCUGGAACUCGAGCUCCCGCCGACAGGCGCUGCCUAGGAGCGGCGGGCACUGAUAUUGGAUCUUCUCAUUCGCAUAUGUAUCGGUGCCGAGGGCGCUGAAACUGAACUCGCUGAGCGAGUGCACUGCGAGAAGCAAACGAACAGAAUUGGAAAAGUCAAACAUGUGGUACAUUUAGCACAUACGAGUACUCACAGCAAUAAAGUCCGCGAAAGAAGCACGUUUUAUGCGUCGAUUGGAUGGCCCAGGCUGGUGGAUAGACACCCGGCAUCGUCUUGGUCACCACAUAUUUGGCGGUGGCUUCGUUUAGCCAGUGCGGCCAGUGAGACAGCCGUUCCGUAUACUGCACCGUGUAGCGCCAGUCAUGGGCGUGGCCAUGAUCGGCUAGAAUCUUGAAAUUUAUGCUGGCGAUUUAUGCCGUCAGUUGUGGCUAUCUGAAAUCCAUGAGUGUACUUACAUUGUGGGAUUCAGCAAGCGCAUUUUAUUAAAGUCCGCCACAUAUUCCCAAACUGCUUCCGGUUUGGCUUUGCCGAUAACGCCGUCUAUUUGAUAUUUAUGAUAGCCGCCGGAGAAAACAAAGAAGUAUAUCAAGAAGACCGCGCUGAGCAGCAACGAGAGCCGCUUGAGAUUCCAAAGACGCAUGCUGUGCAUGGUGCAAAUGUGUUUGUAGCACAGACCUAUUCGAAUUUUAAAUAAACACAAAACGAAAGAGGGAACAAGAGAUCGGAUAGAAUAAACAAUUGUUCAGCAGAACAUCGACGAACCAAACAGCAGCGAGGCAAGCAGAAGACUGACGGAGGGAAAUUCGACAAGGCAAUGGGUAAAGAUCUCAGUGGAUCAAAGGCUGUGACAGUGGCGUAGUGUAAAAGGGAUAGAACAUGAACAUCAAGCAAUAAUAUGUAGAUUAUUAUGCGUAUGCAUACCCAAAACAGAUCUAAGUUGAUAAAAAUCUUAAAGACAACCAA